AGCACGUGAUUCUGUUCCGGCUCGCCAAAGAUGGCGGCCCCCAGAGAGGGAGCGUGAAAGUUGGUGAAAGACGCUGUCCACCCGCGCCGGAAUCUAAACAGUGGGAGCCGUGCGCCAUGUCACGACUGAUCGUGAAAAACCUCCCGAAUGGGAUGAAGGAGGAGCGUUUCAGGCAGCUGUUUGCCUGCUUUGGCACCCUGACGGACUGCAGCCUGAAGUUCACCAAAGAUGGCAAGUUCCGUAAGUUUGGCUUCAUCGGCUUCAAGUCGGAGGAAGAGGCCCGGACGGCGCUGAACCAUUUCAACAAGAGUUUCAUCGACACCUCCCGGAUCUCGGUGGAGUUCUGCAAGGCGUUUGGGGACCCGACAAAGCCCCGGGCCUGGAGCAGACAUGCUCAGAAAACAAGCCAGUCCAAGAAUCCUUCAAAAGACAAAGAUGCUGUCCCUACAGAACCCAAGAAAGAUGACAAGACAAAAAGGGUAGCCAGCGAAUUGGAGAAGCUGAAGGAAGACACCGAGUUCCAGGAGUUCCUGUCCGUGCACCAGAAGCGGACGCAGACAGCCACUUGGGCCAAUGACGCCCUGGACACGGAGGCCUCGAAAGGGAAGAGCAAGGCUGUCAGUGACUACCUGAACUUCGACUCCGACUCGGGGCAGGAGAGUGACGAGGAGGGUGCUGGCGAGGACCCGGAAGAGGAGGGGGACCCCGAACCCAGGGCGGCUGUGCAGACGGAGCUAUCGGACAUGGAUUACCUGAAAUCCAAGGUGGUGAAGUCCCAGUUGCCGUCGUCCUCGGAAGAGGAGGAGAGUGAAGAUGAGGCCGUGAGCUGUGGGGCCGGGAGCGGGGCCGAGGAGGAGGAGGAGGAGUCUCCCAGCCCCGUGCCCACCCAGCAGGACAGAGGGAGGCCAGGGGCCGGUCCAGUGCGGGGCAGCCCGUCCAGGAACGAGACAGCGGGGGCGGCCAGAGCGGAGGCAGACAAACCAGCAAACCAGAAGGAACCCACCACCCCCUACACUGUGAAGCUGCGGGGAGCCCCAUUCAAUGUCACAGAGAAGAACAUUACGGAAUUCCUGGCACCCCUGAGACCAGUGGCCAUUCGGAUAGUGAGGAAUGCUCAUGGGAACAAAACAGGGUACAUCUUUGUGGACUUGAGCAGCGAAGAGGAAGUCAAGCAAGCUCUGAGAUGCCACAGGGAGUACAUGGGCGGGCGCUACAUUGAGGUAUUCAGGGAAAAGAACGUCCCUACGGCCCAGGCGCCCCUGAAGAGUAGCGUCAGACCCUGGCAAGGCCGGACCCUCGGGGAGAACGAAGAGGAGGAGGACCUGGCCGACUCUGGGAGGCUCUUCAUCCGAAACCUGCCCUACACCAGCACCGAGGAGGACCUGGAGCAGCUCUUCUCCAAAUUCGGUCCUCUGUCUGAGCUUCAUUACCCCAUCGACAGCCUGACCAAGAAACCCAAGGGCUUUGCCUUCGUCACCUUCAUGUUCCCUGAGCAUGCCGUGAGGGCCUACGCGGAAGUGGACGGGCAGGUGUUCCAGGGAAGGAUGCUCCACGUGUUACCAUCCACCAUCAAGAAGGAAGCCAGCGAGGACGCGGACACCCCAGGGUCAUCGUCUUAUAAGAAGAAGAAAGAAUCUAAAGACAAAGCCAGCAGCUCCAGCUCUCACAAUUGGAACACGCUGUUCAUGGGCCCUAAUGCUGUGGCCGACGCCAUCGCACAGAAGUACAGUGCCACCAAGAGUCAAGUGUUUGACCACGAGACCAAGGGCAGCGUGGCCGUGCGUGUGGCCCUGGGGGAGACCCAGCUUGUCCAAGAAGUACGACGCUUCCUCCUGGACAACGGGGUCAGCCUGGACUCCUUCAGCCAGGCGGCGGCCGAGCGAAGCAAGACCGUGAUCCUGGUCAAGAACCUCCCGGCGGGCACCCUGGCGGCCGAGCUGCAGGAGACCUUCGGCCGCUUCGGCAGCCUGGGCCGCGUACUGCUGCCCGAGGGCGGCGUCACCGCCAUUGUGGAGUUUGUGGAGCCCCUGGAGGCCCGCAAGGCCUUCAGACAUCUGGCCUACUCCAAGUUUCAUCACGCCCCCUUGUACCUGGAGUGGGCUCCGGUGGGCGUCUUCUCCGGCUCAGCCCCGCAGACGAAGGAACCCCGAGAUCCACCAGCAGGACCUGCAGAAGAGGACAGGACAGAGCCAGAAACCCUGCCAGACAACAAGACCCCAGAAGAUGAAAAGCCAGCAGAGGGAGGAGCUGCAGACAGUCCAGCGAAGGUGGAGGAAGAGGAGGAAGAAGAAGAGGAGGAGGAGGAGAAGAGCCUCCCUGGGUGUACUCUGUUUAUUAAAAAUCUCAACUUCAACACAACGGAGGAGACCCUGAAGGAAGUGUUUUCCAAAGCGGGGACGGUGAAAAGCUGUUCUGUUUCCAAGAAGAAGAACAAAGCAGGAGCGCUGCUCUCCAUGGGAUUUGGAUUCGUGGAAUACAGGAAGCCAGAGCAGGCCCAGAAGGCUCUCAGGCAGCUCCAGGGUCACGUUGUGGACGGCCACAAGCUGGAAGUAAGGAUCUCAGAACGAGCCACCAAGCCAGCCCUGACAUCUGCUCGCAAGAAACAAGUUCCCAGAAAGCAGACCACGUCCAAGAUCCUGGUGCGUAACAUCCCGUUCCAAGCUAACAGCCGGGAGAUCCGUGAGCUCUUCAGCACCUUCGGGGAGCUGAAGACCGUCCGCUUGCCAAAGAAGAUGACCGGGACAGGGACACACAGGGGGUUCGGCUUCGUGGACUUCCUCACGAAGCAGGAUGCAAAGAGAGCCUUCCACGCGCUGUGUCACAGCACCCACCUGUACGGCCGGAGACUGGUCCUGGAGUGGGCUGACUCGGAGGUGAGCCUGCAGACCCUGCGGCGGAAGACAGCCAAGCACUUCCACGAGCCCCCGAAGAAAAAGCGGUCUGUGGUGUUGGACGAGAUCCUGGAGCAGCUGGAAGACAGUGAAAACGACAGUGAGGAGCAAACCCUUCAGCUGCGAGCUGGCACCGAGAGGGGCUGCUAGUAGCUGGAGCUCCCACGUCUGCCGGCCAUGUGCAGGAGUGCUCACAGCCGGGGACCUGGCCUCUGUCCUGCCCCAGGAUCCCCGGGGACGUCGAGUCCUGGUUUGACCACCAGGGGCUGACCUGAAGCCCACAUGCCAGCCGGUUGAGCCUAAGAUGCGACUCUGAUGGCCGAUACCCCUGUCACUGGUGGACGACUCUGAAAUGCAUCCCGGCCCCGUCGAAAGGCUUGCCCCAGACUUGGGGCACCCGCGCGCGCUCACCACUCCAGCCUGGAAAUACAGCCUCCGCCGGGAUGGGGGGUCCUGCACUCAGCACACGCUGGGAGCCUGCCUCCCAGUGAGGAAGGAGCCGCUCGCUUCUCUCCCCUGGGUCUCGAUCCCAGCCUCACUGUUCUCAGCUGUGCGGCCGCAGACCAGUGAGGGCCCCUCUGAGCCUCGGUUUCUCUUUCUGUCCCGUGGGGGUGGCAUGGUGCCUUCCUGGUGUUUGACUACCUCAGUCAAUCCAAGUAAAGCCCCGAGGAAACGCCCAUCA